AUGGGACCAUUCCCAAAGAGUAGGAAAGGCAAUUGUCACAUUUUAGCGAUAAUUGAUGGGUUCACGGAAUUUGUCGCACUGAAGACCGUAAAGUCUACAAAGACUAAAUAUGUGAUAGAUCACAUCACAACCCUGUCAGCGACAUAUUAUGGAGUACCUAGAGUACUAAUCAGUGAUCAAGGAAGCUCGUUUACAGCCAAGAAAUUCAGAGAUUUCUGCCAUCAGAACAAUAUUAAACAUGUUCUGAAUGCUGUAGCGACGCCCAGGGCAAACGGACAAGUAGAGCGGUUAAAUCGGACGUUGCUGAACGCUUUACUUACAUCGACGGUGGAGGAAGACCUGUGGGACAGAGAACUUCCAAAUGUUCGAUUUGCCAUAAACAACGCCCCAAAUAAGUCUACAGGGAAAACUCCAAGUCAACUUUUAUUUGGUUAUGGACCUCGAAAAGGUGUGGAUAUGGUUCUAAAGGUCGAAGUUAGUCAAGUCCACAUACUCCUCGAAGACCUUGUUGCCACAAGGUAG